AUGGCAGCUGUAAUUCCUGCUAUAACUAAAUUGUCUAGCAGGAUCAUAAGAAUUCUCGGUUGUAACCCUGGGCCUAUGACAUUGCAAGGUACUAAUACUUAUUUAAUUGGAACAGGAAAAAACCGCAUACUACUUGACACGGGUGACAAAAAUGUUGGAGAAUAUCAAAAACAUUUAUCAGAUGUGGUAAAUUCUGAACAGUUGAAUAUAGAACACAUAGUGUUGACACACUGGCAUCACGAUCACAUUGGUGGGGUUGAAAACUUAUAUGGGUCUAUUGCAAAAGCACCAAAAGUUUGGAAACAUAAAUGUGAUCCUAGCGAUAGACCAGAUGAUGAUUUACCAAAGGAAAUCCCACUUAAUUGGUUGUCGGAUGGACAAGAAAUUAAGGUAGAAGGUGCGACAGUAAAAGUGCACCACACACCGGGACACACAACAGAUCAUGUUGUAUUUAUGUUAAAGGAAGAAAAUAUACUCUUUAGUGGUGAUUGCAUACUCGGUGAAGGCACAGCUGUGUUUGAAGAUUUAUAUACUUAUAUGAAAAGUUUACAAAAAAUUCUAGACCUGAAUCCUGAAACUAUAUAUCCUGGCCAUGGAAAUGUUGUUGAUAAUCCAAUAGAAAAAAUUAAAUAUUACAUUGCUCACAGAAAUCAGAGAGAGGAACAAAUUCUUGAAACUUUAAGAAAUAAUUGUGAUAAGCAAUUAAAUGAAAUGGAUUUGGUUAAAUUGAUAUACACUGAGACACCGGAACAUCUUUGGGCCGCUGCUGCUUACAAUGUUAAUCAUCAUUUAACAAAAUUAACCAAAGAGAAUAAAAUAAAAUGUGUUGAUAGAGAUGGUGAAACAAGAUGGCAGUAUGUAGUUGUGCAAAGUAACUUGUAA